AUGGGAUUCACUGAUCUUGUCGAUCGGCUUCGUGCCGGUGCCUCGCCAAAAUUCCCGGCCAACGCUAGCACGCUAGAGUAUGCGCAGACCUUGGAUAGUGAGGAUAGCUUGAAGCAUCUCCGCGAACAGUUUAUACUGCCCACAAAAGCUUCCCUGAGGAAGGUGGCUCUUGAUGGAACUAUUCCAGGUACUCCUGCCAAGCAAGCGUCUAAUGGCAAUGGAACCAGUCAUUUGAAUGGCACUACCAAUGGCGCGGCAUCUGAGGAUGAUUCAACUCCCAGUAUCUACUUCUGUGGAAACUCGCUGGGAGUUCAGCCCAAAGCCGUAAGGAAGUAUUUGGAGGCCCAACUGGAGACAUGGGCGUCAAUUGGAGUCGGAGGUCACUUCUCAAAUAUGGAGAACUCGCCUUUAGUAUGUUGGCAGGAUAUGGCAGAGGAUUGCGCUAAGAAGUCUGCCGACAUCGUGGGCUCUCUUCCCAGCGAGAUCGUCAUCAUGAACACAUUGACCAUAAACCUCCAUCUCAUGAUGGCAAGCUUUUACAAGCCAUCAGAGAAGAGACACAAGAUCAUCCUGGAAUGGAAGCCAUUCCCCAGCGACCACUAUGCCAUUGAAUCACAAAUCCGGUGGCAUGGACUCGAUCCAUCGAAGUCAAUGAUCCAGAUCCAACCAGAUGACUAUUACAUCUCUACGGACAAGAUUUUGGCCACCAUUGAUGAACAUGCGGAGGAAACAGCACUUCUACUCCUCCCUGGGAUCCAAUAUUACAGUGGCCAACUUUUCGACAUUCCCCGGAUCACAAAAUAUGCCCAGGACAAAGGUAUCAUCGUGGGGUGGGAUCUCGCACACGCGGCCGGCAAUGUGGAGUUGUCACUUCACGACUGGAAUGUUGACUUUGCAUGCUGGUGUACAUAUAAGUACAUGAAUGCAGGCGCUGGCUCUAUCGCCGGCGCAUUUGUACACGAAAGACACGGCAAGGUCGAGUCUGACCCAGAGACGGAACGCCCCGUAUAUCGCAACCGCCUGUCAGGUUGGUACGGCGGCGACAAAUCUGUCAGAUUCAACAUGGACAACAACUUCCUGCCUACCGUUGGAGCCGGCGGGUUUCAAUGCUCUAACCCUUCGGCCAUCGAUCUUGCAGCCUUGUCCGGUGCUCUUUCGGUUUUCAACAUGACAAGCAUGAACUCCCUCCGAUCAAAGGCUUUGGUCUUGACGGCGUACGCGGAGUACCUACUAGAUGAAAUCGUGGCAAGUGACAGCAGCGCUGAGCCUCCGUUCCGCGUGAUCACACCAAGAGAUCCGCUCCAAAGGGGGACGCAACUCAGCGUGCUGCUACGGGCAGGACUCCUCGAGAAAGUCGCCGAUGCGCUCGUCGAGAAUGCCAUUGUUUGCGACAAACGCAAGCCGGAUGUUAUCAGAGUUGCACCGGUGCCAAUGUAUUGCACAUUUAGUGAUGUUUGGAAGUUCAUGCAGGUGCUGAAGAAGGCAGUCCUGGCAUAA